CGAGUACAACAGACUUUGCACUUUAAGAUUACUCCGUUAUCAACAUUUAUUAGGACUGGCUGUAUGAAGCAAAACCGCGAUCGUAAACAUUAAUCCUUCAAUACGUAGUGAAUAGAUACGAAAAAGGCGCCAACCAUUCGUUCUUCGGAAUUUAAAAUUAUCAUAAUACUUACCACAACCGGCGAGGUCUUGUGCUGUGUUGACGUGUGUGUGUAUUAAACAAAGAUGGCCGUCGUUAUCAAUAAAGGUAUCUUCAUAGUGGCUGCUAAACGCACGCCAUUCGGCAGAUUUGGAGGAGCCUUUAAAGACAUAUAUCCGUCUGACCUUCUGGCUGUAGCCGCUAAGGAUGCUCUUAAAGCCGGCAGCGUCGCACCAGAGAUCAUCGAUACCGUUAACAUUGGACAAGUCUAUGGGCUUAGCGGUUCAUCAGAUGGAGGUUUGUCUCCUCGUCAUGCAGCGCUUAAAGCUGGUAUCCCCCAAGAGAAGCCAGCUUUGGGUAUUAGCAGACUUUGUGGGUCUGGUUUCCAAGCUGUGGUGAACAGUGCUCAGGAUAUCAUCACAGGAGCUGCCCAAACAUCUUUGGCUGGAGGCACAGAAAACAUGUCAACUGUUCCCUUCGUUGUCCGAAACACACGUUUUGGAGUCAAUUUAGGUGUGAAGGUUCCUUUCGAAGAUGUUCUCACUACAUCGUCAUUGGACACUUCCUGCAACUUUACCAUGCCACAAACAGCUGAGAACCUAGCCGAGAAAUACGGAUUGCAGAGGAUGGAAGUCGACCAAUUCGCUCUGCAGUCACAACAGAGGUGGAAAGCUGCACAUGACCAAGGCGUGUUCAAAGCGGAGAUGGCCCCAGUAACAGUGAAGGUCAAGAAACAAGAUAAGGUGGUGGAAGUAGACGAGCACCCUCGCCCCGAAACGACGACUGAAAUGCUCAGCCGACUGCCAGUGUUGUUCAGGAAAGGAGGAGUUGUUACUGCUGGCAAUUCUUCUGGUGUAAACGAUGGUGCUGGAGCUAUAGUUCUAGCAAGCGAGGAAUCAGUCAAGCAGAACGGGUUCACACCUCUCGUGCGCCUGCUGGCAUGGUCUGCAGUAGGUGUAGACCCUUCCAUCAUGGGUAUUGGACCUGUCCCCGCCAUACAGAACAUACUGUCUGCGACAGGAUUGAAACUGAACGAUAUCGAUUUGAUUGAGAUCAACGAGGCAUUUGCAGCUCAGACUUUGGCAUGUGCCAAGGAAUUGGGCCUGGACCAGAGCAAGUUGAACGUCAAUGGAGGUGCCAUUGCCAUGGGCCACCCGGUUGGAGCUUCUGGCGCUAGGAUUACUGCGCAUCUAGCUCAUGAGCUCAGACGCCGAGGACUCAAGAGGGGUAUCGGAUCAGCUUGCAUCGGCGGCGGGCAGGGCAUUGCUCUACUACUUGAGACUGUUUAAUUUAUUACAAAACACCCAUAGAUUUUACAUUCAAUUUCUAUCCAAUUGUUACUAUAUAAUGUGUUAUUUUGAGAACAAAAUACGUUAUGAAUAAAUUUUCAAAUUGUAAAUAAUGAAAAAAUAUAUGUACGGUAAUUAUUUUUUGUAACCUCUUUUGUUUUAUUUAUUGUUUAAAUGACGUACACUA